GAGUUAGAGAGAGAGAGAGAGACGCGUCGUCUUUUACGAUGCUCUCAACGUUGACGGCGACGGCGGUUUCUCAGCCGGUUUUUAAGUCGGGAUGUAAAAUGAGACGUCCGUUCAAAGUGACGGCGGAGAAGUUCCCGAAGUUUUUGCCGAGCGAUGUUGAGAGUAUCAAAGACACGUUUGCUCUGAAGCUCGCCGCCAGAAUCGAGAGGCUUCCCGUAUCUGUCAGCUUCACUGAAAAAGGUAUUAUGAGCAGUUGCGUGACACCGCUGACGCGGACCGAGACAAGUAGUCCUGUUGUGCUUCUUCAUGGAUUUGAUAGUUCUUGUUUAGAGUGGAGAUACACUUAUCCAUUGCUUGAAGAAGCCGGUUUAGAAACAUGGGCAUUUGAUAUCCUUGGUUGGGGUUUUUCUGAUUUAGGGAAACUUCCUCCGUGUGAUGUAACGUCUAAAAGAGAGCAUUUUUACAAGUUUUGGAAGACUCAUAUUAAACGACCUGUAGUUUUGGUUGGACCGAGCCUUGGUGCUGCUGUCGCAAUUGACAUUGCCGUCAACCAUCCAGAAGCGGUUGAGUCCUUGGUUUUAAUGGACGCAAGCGUUUACUCAGAAGGUACUGGCAACUUGGCAACUUUACCCAAAGCAGCAGCUUAUGCUGGGGUAUAUCUACUGAAGAGUAUUCCAUUACGGUUAUACGUGAACUUCAUUUGUUUCAAUGGUAUCUCACUGGAAACUAGUUGGGAUUGGACAAAGAUUGGUCGGUUGCAUUGUUUAUAUCCUUGGUGGGAAGAUGCAACUGUUAGUUUUAUGACGAGUGGAGGAUACAACAUAACCUCUCUUAUAAAAAAGGUUUCACAGAAGACGCUGAUACUAUGGGGAGAGGAUGACCAAAUCAUCAGCAACAAGCUCGCUUGGAGACUGCACGGAGAGUUACCGAACGCCCGAGUGGCACAAAUAUCAAACUGUGGACAUCUUCCCCAUGUCGAAAAACCGGCUACUGUGGCCAAAUUGAUCACAGAGUUUGUUAGAGAGACUUGCCGGAGUAAAGUGGUUGAAAGUAUAUCUUAGAGCCUUUGGGGGUUGGGAAAAUUAUUGAAGAUGUGUUUCUUACCAAAAUCUAACUUCUUAAAUUGUAUAGUUGAUACUUCACUUGUUUCAUUGUUGGUUGGUCUUUUUUUGAAUAAAUGAACCAAAUCCCCACCA